GUUCGAAAUCCCACGUCGUACAUCAAUUUUCUGGCCUCAUCGUCUAUCACAUCGUGCAUCUGUCGCCUCGUCAGCAUAGUAGUCUUCCCCUAUACCAAUGCUUACUUAGCUAGGCAGCAGCCUUUUCGAUCCUAUUAGUUACCAAUCACGGACGAGGUAUCCUGUGUUUCUGUCCAAUUCAAACGGGUGCCUCUCUUUCUACAUUGGGUCUUGAUUCGAUUUCCCCCUGAUCGGAGCUUCAAAUAUCGUCAAACUUGAACUUUCGAGGAGAACAAGCCCAAGUUGCAACUGCCAACAUGGCGCAAAACAAUAUGCAUAAUCUAGUAACAUUAAUCAAGCGGCUGGAAGCUGCCACAACUCGCCUGGAGGACAUUGCUUCGUCGACAAUAGAGCUGCCUCAAGCUGUUCCCGCCCUCACGGCUACCGUUGCAACACCUUCUGGUCCGUCUAGCAUUUCGAGUCCCAUACCACACGCCGCCUUACCGCCCCCUCCUGCGUUGAAAGAGGCACCCGCAGAGCCUCUACCAGAGUCCAUCGAGGAGUUCGAUAACUUCAUCAGCCAGUCUGUCGAGAAAUAUGUCGCGGCUAGCAACAAAUUGGGCGGCUUGAUCGCCGAACAAGCUUCCAAGGUGUUAGAGGGCUUCAAACAGCAGCGUCGUUUUCUGUUGAUAUCCACAAAGGCCAAGAAGCCUGACAUAUCUGGGUCUGAGAUGGUUGUCUACCAAGAGCUCCUGAAGCCUAUUAACGAGGCGCUUAUGGACGUCGGCAGCAUUAAGGAAUCCAACCGCGGCUCUCCUGUCUUCACCCAGCUAAGCGCCGUAGCUGAGGGUAUUAUGGUGCUGGCCUGGGUGACGGUAGACAACAGGCCGUUUAAACAUGUCGAAGAGUCCCUCGGAUCAGCGCAAUUCUUUGGAAAUCGGGUACUAAAGGAACAGAAGGACAAAGACCCUAGCCAAGCCGAAUGGGUUCAGUCCUUUUACCAAGUUUUCAAAGACCUUGCGGAGUACGUCAAGUUGUACUUCCCUAGCGGCAUUCCCUGGAACCCGAAAGGACAAUCCGCUUCCGAAGUCGCGAAAACACUGACGUCCGCCCCGUCCGCUGCCGCUGCCGCUCCUCCUCCUCCUCCGCCUCCUCCCGCUGCAGGUGGUGCACCUCCACCGCCGCCUCCUCCGGGCCCACCCCCUGUCCUCCAGAUCAAAGAUCAGUCCGCGCCCUCCAAGCCGGAGGGCAUGGGCGCGGUAUUUAGCGAACUGAACAAGGGCGAGAGUGUGACUAAGGGCCUGCGUAAAGUUGACAGGUCGGAGAUGACGCACAAGAACCCGGCGCUGAGGGCCGGGUCUACCGUCUCGGACUCGACUAGGGGCAAGAGUCCCGCGCCGGGGAAGAAGCCGAAGCCGGAAAGCAUGCGCCUCAAGAAGCCCCCGAAGAAGGAACUGGACGGAAACAAAUGGACAAUUGAAAACUUCGAUAAGCAUCCGGAACCGAUCGAGAUCGAGGCGGAGAUGUCGCACUCGAUCCUCAUCAGCCGUUGCAACCAGACGACCAUCAUCGUCAAGGGAAAAGCCAACGCUGUCACCAUCGAGAACACCCAGCGCCUAAGCCUCGUCAUCGACUCCCUUGUAUCCACCGUCGACGUCGUCAAGUCCUCCAACUUCGCGCUUCAAGUGUUGGGGACCCUGCCUACCAUUCUUCUCGAUCAACUCGAUGGCGCCCAAGUCUAUCUUAGUAAGGAAAGUAUUUCUACGCGCGUAUUUUCCAGCAAGUCCGCUGGCAUCAAUGUCAACGUCCUCGCAGGUGACGACGAUGAUUACAAGGAGAUCCCCUUGCCUGGCCAGAUCUGCUCGUAUUUUGACGAGGAGAAGGGCGACAUGGUUAACGAGAUCGUCGACCACGCCGGUUAAGCUAGAUCAAGUUGCGCCUUCUUCGGGAUCCGUUCAGUGUUGACCAAGUACGGUGUAAAUAAAUGGUGGCGGUGAUCGUCGACAUUGGAUUAGAUUUAAGACAGACGCUACGUGAUGCAAAAUCUCGAACAAAAACGCUCUGCCUAGACGGCGAGCGAGUAAGUGUUAGAAAGCCAGGAUACCUGGGUGUGCUCGGUUUCCCACGGUUUGUCGCAUUGCCUACGUACCUAAGGUAUUAUAUAGCAUUCGUACUAUUCAAAGCAUUUGCAAUUUCUAUAUGAUCUAUUCAUAUUUCCCGCAUCUUUACACAUAGAAGUCCGGAUCAUACGUG